GCUUUCCUCUUCGUGCGGUCUUUCUACAGCAUCCCAUACUCUUCCUUCGCGAGAAAGGGGGGACGGGGACGGGCUGAAGGGCCACCGCCCGCGCCGCCGGUCAGCUGCCACCACCGUCACCUCCGAGCGAAGUGUCGCGCGGGCGCGCUGUAGCCGCGCGGCGGACGGGAAGCGCCGUCUCCGUCGAGUUUAUUAGCUGGCGAGGUUACCGCUGGCCGCUGCAGCUUGCCGCCGCCGCCAGCCGUGCACCUGCCUGCCGCGUGCGCCCCCGGCUGCCGCUGGACACAGCUGGGCACGCGCCGCAGCAAGGUCACCGCGGCCGACAGGGCAAUUCCCCUCUCAAGGAGGAAAGCACAUAUGUGAGUCAGAUUCUUCUUGUUAAAUGUGAACCAGGGACAUGCAGAUGGAUGACGUCAUUGACCUUGUGUCAGAAGACGAUAUUGCUUCCUAUGAGGAGACAAGUUCUGAAGAUACUGAGGAUGUGAAAGUCUGUGACGUAUGUGGAAAUGUUGGUGAGGAGAAGAAGCUCGCUGUUUGCAGCAGAUGCAAUGAUGGUGCUGUGCAUAUUUACUGUAUGUUGGUAAUGCUUAAAGAGGUUCCAGAGCGCGGGUGGUUGUGUGAUGAGUGCCAAGCUGAGGUAGAAAUUGAAAUUGAAAAGAAGAAACUUGAGAAAUCUCAAGUAAAUUUUGUCAUGGUUUCCAUGGAGAAUAAAGUGGAUGCUGAAAAGGUGAGACAUAAAGAAUCAGAAGUAGAUAAUGUCACAAGUGGUUGUACAUCUUCCAUAAAGGAGGGCGACACUGGGUUGUGCAUGCUAAACAAAGCUUCUCAUGACAGUGAGCCGAUGUCCAAUGAUAGAAGCGGCAUUUCUAAUUUGAAGUCAUUAGAUCGAGAGAUACACAUCUUGGGAAUGCACGAUAAUUAUGUUUCAUCUGUUUCUAAGGCUAAAGAUGGGUCUAAUGUGGCUCGUGAUAGUGAAAAAGUGGGACAUAAAGAAUCAGAAGUAGCUAAUGUCACAAGUGGUUGUACAUCUUCCACAAAGGAGGGCGAUAGUGGGUUGUGCAUGCUAAACAAAGCUUCUCAUGACUGUGAGCCGAUGUCCAAUGAUAGAAGCGGCAUUUCUUAUUUGAAGUCACUAGAUAGAGAGAUACACAUCUUAGGAAUGCAUGAUAAUGAUGUUUCAUCUGUUUCUAAGGCUAAAGACGCGUCUAAUGUGGCUUGUUGGAAUAAAAGGUUAAACAGACAGAGUGAGGCCAAUUUUUUAGAAGAGAUCAAAGAUGUGAAAGUAUGUGACAUUUGUGGAGAUGUUGGUGAAGUGGAGAAGCUCACUGUUUGUGGUAGAUGCAAUGGUGCUGAGCAUGUUUAUUGUAUGCAGGUGAUGAUGGAAAAGGUUCCAGAUGUCAUGUGGUUGUGUGAAGCAUGUCAAACUGAGGUAGAAUUUGCAGAGGAAAGGACGGAACUAGAAAAAUCCCAAGUAAUGGUUGGUGCAUGUAAACUAGAUUCCUUUGGAGGGCAAACGAAUAAACCUGUGGAUGAUGCAAAUAGCGGAAGUAAUUUUGAGGAUGAAAUGGAGGCUGCACAUGUGAGUAGUAAAAACUCAAACAUGAGAAAUCAAUCCAUCGGUAUGGCUACCAAGAGGAUAGGAGACGAUGCAACAAUUACGUUACUGAUUGGAAAAGAUCUUUGUGAAUCUGGUGGUGUAUCCAUGGAAGGUGACUCCGCAAAAAGAGCGCCGUUUUCGCGCAAAAAUUCACUCAAGCUGAACACAGAGAAAGGAAAGGAACCUGUUAGGCCAAUGCCAACGCCAUUGACAUUGAAUGCUCUGAAGAAUCAGGCACCACCUCUUUGUGGUCCACUCCCGAAGUCCAUUUCUUUCAAGAACUCAAAGGUCCCGAAGGUGAAACAACUGGUCAUUGAAGUUCCUCAAAAGCCCAAAAAUCUGAAGGAACCUAUAUCCUUAAUUACAAAACAAGACGGGCCAGUGAUCACACUUGCUAAGUCGACAUCAGUCAAAAAGCCAAACUCUAGCGAGCCAGUAAGUAAAGGAAAGUCUUCCAUCUUACUAGAUGUUGAGGAACCAAGAAUGAUGAAUUCAGUAAUGAGCCGAAAUGUAACGAAUAAGAGGGGCACUUCUAUAUCUGGAUAUCCCUCUGUUGCUGCAUCAAUGCUUGUGCCAGUUCCUUCGAAAGCAGAAUCCGCAGCUCAGCAUCUCAAUAAACAAAAUAAGAUGGAUAAUUUAGGCAUCGCUUAUGGAAAAGACGGUAGAAACUUUCCUGCACCUAGUGAACCAAAGAGACAGCUUGUAGCAAAAGUCCCGGGAAGCCUAACGUUAAUUAGUGCUGAGACAUCCUCAGGUCUGCUUUGUUCUGGUGCACAGAUGAAGGGAAUUCAAAUCCCAGAUACUUCACUGGUUGAUAAAAUAAAGAACCCACCUAGCUUGAAGCCAGGUACUUCUAGCAGCAGUUGCACAAUGCAUUGUCAACAAUGUGAUGAAGUGGGGCAUUCUACACAAUUUUGUCCUGUUGGCAGAUCUAGCUUGUUUGUAACAAAACCUUUGAGUGAGCAAACCAGUGACCGAACUGCCAGAUGCAAUAGAACAUCUGAAGCUACUACUUUGACUGCUACUGAAGACAUUUUGAAAUCAGCAUAUCAAUCUGAGCCAAGUCCAAAACGCCGCCGCUAUCAUAACCCAUCAUAUAAGCCUAUAAACGUUUUAUGUACCUCCAUUAGUCAUGAGGAAAGCAGUGAGCAGGAUGUGAGAAAUGGUAUGCCUACUCCUAGUACUACAGCUUCUGUAGAUUGUCACGAGCUAAAAUACAAAGAGCAUCAGGCUGUAUCUGCCAUGGGAGGAAGAUUUGUGGACAGCAGUUCAACUAUGUUGAAUGAUCCGACGGACAAAUCGCCAAUCUUUUCACCUAGUGAUGACAGAAUAACUUCUAGUGUUCCAGAGUUGGCUUACAUUUGGCAAGGUUGUUUUGAAAUAUGGAGGACUGGACGGCCAUCUAAGUUUUGUAAGGGCUUGCAAGGACACUUAUCAUGUUCUGCUUCACAAAAGGUUUUGGAAAUAGCAAAGAAAUUCCCUUCUAAAAUCCGGCUUGAGCAACUUCCUCGCCGGAAUAUAUUCCCCCCACAGUUCCAUGGAAAUGGCCUUUCGUAUGACAGUAUUGGUCUUUUUUUCUUUGCACAAGAUAUCCAGAGUUAUGAGAGGCAUUACAGUAAGUUAGUAGAAUGGAUGCUGAAAGGCGAUUUGGCACUCAGAGGAAACAUUGAAACAGCUGAAUUGCUCAUAUUUCCUUCCAAUAUCCUGCCAAAAAGCUUUCAAAGAUGGAACAUGUCCUAUUAUCUAUGGGGUGUAUUUAGAGUUAGAAGAAAAGACUCUAACCUUCCAUAUCAUGUACCCACAAGAAAACAUUGUAAUUUCAAUGGAAAUCUCUUGGCCGUGGGUCGAAGAACUCAUGCCCACGCUUCUUCUGGCCCCAGUUUCUAUUACUCACCUACUUGUGAAGACUCUCCAUCUAUCAUGCCCUUGGAAGCUAAUCAUGAGGGUUGCCCCAAUGGUGAGAAUUCUCUAGGUUAGCCUUUCUGUGGACGACCUUUAGAAGAUCAGCAUCAUGAUUCAGUUACAGCUAGCUUAUCAACAAAUAACAAUAGCGCUAUUAAUGAAUUUGUCACAGCUCCAACAAGAAAAAAGCAGGGCAAGAGAGGACAGCCGUCAACCAUGACAAUGCAGAGGACCUGUGGGGACCCGGUGUAGUUGACCUACAACGGCGACUGCAAUCAGUAUGUCGCUAAUUGAUAUCAUACGAACAUCCACACAGACCAAUCACGCACUUACAUUGCUGGGACCAGAUUGGUAUACAUGCAUAUAUAUACGUGUGUAUGAAGGAAUUCUUUGUGAAGUUUGGGUACGCUUAAUAUGAGCGCUGGGCGGAACAUGUUGCUUCUUCCCUUCUCGCCAACGAAAGCGGGAGCUCGCCUAGGCGGAGUGCGUAAGCCGUAAGUGGGUGUGUGCGUGCAUUGCAGCGGUGCUGGGCGGAAGAAAAGUGAUGGCCAGGCGAGGUGAGUGGCGAAGGGAGGGAGCAAAAUUGAGACAAAAAAAGAAGACAGGGAAAGGGUCUCAGGCUAGGGUUGGAAAACUUACCAGAUCAAGAGGGGUGAGGGUGGGACAGAAGAGAGCUUGGUGGCGACGAGCUCACCGCCGAGCAAGGACCCCCACUCUGUCAGCGAGCUCCUCUUCCCCUGUUCGUUCCCUGUUUGAGUGAUUGGUGCUUUGCUGCUGCUUGGUUGUUGGCGUUCGAAUCACUUGUUUCACUAAUGUGAUGAGCCUUGACUGCAGUUUUUUU